ACAAAUCGGAAGAGAUAUCUGGAAGCAUGCAAAGGCUUGUUUUGUGUAUCCGUACCCAAAGCAGCAGUGUCACGUAACAGACAGCUUCCCACGGCCAACCAGGCUGGCGCAGCCGCGUGUACUACGUGGCAUCUGGGCACGCUGAAGCAUUGGCUCCUCUCUGGGGAGUGGAAGGGGCUCAGUUAUUAAUGACCGCUGAGCAGGCAGCACCAUGUCAGUGUGACAAUCGAGUAGGUGAACGAUGCACCACUAACCACCAUGGAAACAAGGAGAAAUAAGAACAGCUAGUGAGCAUAUCUCUUUCUCUCCCCCCCCUCUCUCUCCUCUGGAUCGCGAGCCUCAGCCCAGCCAGGCAGCAACAGCGCUCUGGCAAACAUAAGGGAUCUCAGCUGGCAGCACAGAGAGUCUCUCAUGUUGUAGGAUAUCAAUAGAUGCAUCUUUGUAUUAUAUACCGUUAGACACACGCAUGCACACUGACUCACACACACAUACAUGUAUGCACGUCUGUUCAGACUCUGGCUUUAAUACAAGUAUGUGGCUACCUGAACUAAGGAAUCAAAAUUACUGAUAUGCAAGAACUCCUCCAGCUCUGAAACGACUCCUAUUACAGGGUCACCCUGUCAUUCCUGCAAACACUAAUCAAUCAUGGGAUUUGAAGUUAAUACUACUAAAUAAAUGAAUUGCUUAAUCUCCUAUGACCAUCUAUACAUACUUCAUCUUCACAAAGCUUAUCAAUUUUAUGUCAUCAAGGACAGAGUGACCUUCAUUUCCACAAAAUGCCUCUUACUACUGGACAAGUUGGUUACAAAUUUAUCACUUAUCCUCAGGAAGAAAGUCCUUCACGAUCAUCAUUUCACAAAUGCAAAUGUGUGUUUUAUCAACUGACCAGGCCAUACUGAAUUCCAAACCUGUAAUUGUGGAACACUAACGCGUGUUACUUUUCUGAACAUUUGAGCUAAGAUGAAGGACAUGCAACUCAAAAUUAAUUUUCUACUUGGCCUAGUUAUCACUGCACUAGUACAAGCUGUAGAAAAAAAAGCAGACUGCCCAGAGUCAUGUAUAUGUGAGAUCAGACCAUGGUUCACCCCCAGGUCUGUGUAUAUGGAUGCUCCAACAGUGGAUUGUAAUGAUUUAGGCCUUUUUAAUUUUCCAGCCAGACUGCCUGCUGACACACAAGUUCUACUUCUACAGACCAAUAAUAUUGAAAAAAUUGAACAGUCGGUAGAGUUCCCAGUGAAUUUAACUGGUCUAGAUUUAUCUCAGAACAAUUUAUCCUCAGUGACCAGUAUUAAUCAUAGAAAGAUAUCACAGUUGCUUUCAGUGUACCUUGAAGAAAACAAACUUACUGAACUCCCUGAAGAAUGUCUCUCUGGACUCCAGAGUUUACAAGAGCUUUAUAUUAAUCAUAAUCUACUUUCUGUGAUUGCACCAGGAGCUUUCAUAGGCCUCAAUAAUCUUCUCAGACUUCAUCUCAAUUCAAAUGGUCUGCAAAUGAUCAACAGGAAGUGGUUUGAAGCUACUCCUAAUCUUGAAAUUCUCAUGAUUGGAGAAAACCCAAUAAUCAGAAUUGAAGAUAUGAAUUUUAAGCCUCUUAUCAAUCUGCGCAGCCUAGUUUUAGCAGGCAUAAAUCUCACUGAAAUACCAGAUAAUGCUUUGGCUGGCCUUGACAAUUUAGAAAGCAUCUCCUUUUACGACAAUAGAUUUGUUAGAGUGCCCCACAUUGCUCUUCAAAAGGCCACAAAACUUAAAUUUCUGGAUCUAAAUAAGAAUCCCAUUAACAGAAUACGACGAGGAGAUUUUAGCAAUAUGCUGCACCUAAAAGAGUUAGGAAUUAAUAACAUGCCUGAACUGAUUUCUAUAGAUGGUCUUGCUGUUGAUAAUUUGCCAGACUUAAGAAAAAUAGAAGCUACCAAUAACCCCAGAUUAUCAUACAUUCAUCCAAAUGCAUUCUACAGACUGCCUAAACUGGAAUCUCUCAUGCUUAACAGCAACGCACUGAGUGCCCUUUACCGCAGUACAAUAGAAUCCCUGCCUAACCUCAAAGAAGUUAGUAUACACAGCAAUCCCAUUAGAUGUGACUGUGUCAUCCGCUGGAUUAAUAUGAAUAAAACAAACAUUCGCUUCAUGGAGCCGGAGUCCCUCUUUUGUGUAGACCCUCCUGAAUUCCAAGGCCAGAAUGUGAGACAGAUACACUUCCGGGAAAUGAUGGAAAUCUGUCUCCCUCUGAUAGCUCCCGAAAGUUUCCCAUCUACUUUGGAUUUAAAAACUGGCAGCCAUAUUUCCUUACACUGCAGAGCAACAGCAGAACCAGAACCUGAAAUCUACUGGAUAACACCAUCAGGACACAAACUUUUGCCUAAUACUAUUUCUAACAAAUACUACAUUCAUUCCGAAGGAACAUUGGACAUAAGUGAUGUAACACAAAAAGAAAGUGGCUUAUACACAUGUAUAGCAACAAAUUUAGUUGGGGCAGACCUAAAGUCAGUCAUGAUUAAAGUGGAUGGCUCUUUCCCUCAGGACAGCAAUGGAUCUCUGAAUAUUAAAAUAAAAGACAUAAAAUCUAAUUCUGUUUUGGUUUCAUGGAAGGCAAGUUCUAAAAUUCUAAAGUCCAGUAUUAGAUGGACAGCCUUUCUGAAAGCUGAAAACUCUCGGGCUGCACAGAGUGCUCGAAUACCAUCUGAUAUAAAGGUAUAUAAUCUUACACAUCUAAAUCCGUCAACUGAAUACAAAAUCUGUAUAGAUAUUCCCACUAUCUAUUCACAGAAUAAGAAACAAUGUGUCAACGUAACCACAAAAGGACUGGACUUGGCAGUGAAAGGCUAUGAAAAGAAUAACAUAAUAGGAUUCUUUGCCUGCCUUGGAGCUCUUUUGGGAAUCAUCUCUGUGAUAUAUCUCUACAGUUGCAUCUCACAAGAGAUGAACUAUGACGUUGGACACAGCUAUUUAAAGAAUUACCUGAAGAAACAAUCCUUUUCACUCAAUGAGCUUUAUCCUCCUUUGAUCAGUCUUUGGGACAUGGGCAAAGAAAAAAGCACAGCAAUGGAAGUAAAAGCAACUGUAAUAGGUGUACCAACCAAUAUGUCAUAAAUGUGUCAGUAUAUCACUUAAUUCCUGAAAGAAAAAGCACAUGACUGCAUUUGUGCUGAACAAAAAGGCAACAUGAAAAAUAAUUUCUUUCUUUUAGGAACUAGACAUCUGGACUUUGCUGCUGCUGAUGAAUGGGAAGAUGUAUUCACUCAGCAUAAGAGAAGAAUUUUAACUAACUGGUUUCUAACGGUAUUCUACCAACCAAAUACAAUUAACUUCAUUUUCUAGAACUUUGAUGGGACUUUUAAGUCUGGAAUACAGUGCAAGUAGCCAAGAACAUUUUCUGUAUUUUCUUUUUUUAUUAUGAUAUAAAAGUAGUGGAACUGAGCAAUACCUCCUCCUCUGCUGUAUUUACACACUCUAGCCACGAGUUUUUGAAGUGAACAGGUAUACUAGGAUUGACACAUGGUGUAAUGAAAUGGACAAAUUCUGUAGUGUAGACACAGUGAGUAUGUGAAUUUUUUUUAUGAGGAAAAUACAUUUUUGAUUAAAAUCAAAA